CAUCUCAGUCAUCCUUGUCGCCACAGUAAUCCCAUUCAUCACAGUCAUCCCAGUCAUCCUAGCCAUCCAAUUCAUAUCAGUCAUUCUGGUCAUCCCAGUCAUCUAAGUCAUCCUUGUCAUCCCAGUAAUCCCAUUCCUCACAGUCACCCUAGCAAUCCAAUAGACCAUUUUUGCUAUAUUAAAAUUCAUACUUGACUCCGAGGCUCGGGGGAAUAAAACAAAAGAAAUGUAUUAUUCAUUGCUGAGCCUCAAGAUGAUUCCUUUUGUUUUAUCCCCCCAAGCCUCGCAGCCAAGUAUGAAUUUUAAUAUAGUAUUACCAAUGGGUCUAUUCAUACCAGUCACCAUAGUCAUCUCAGUCACUCAGUCAUCCUUAGUAGUCAUCCCAGUUGUCCCAGUCAUCCUAUUCAUCCAAUUCAUGUCACUCAUCCCAGUAAUCCUAGUCAUUCUAGUUAUCCCAGUCAUCCUACAGUACUGUUCAAAAGAAAGUUGAUACUUGAUUCUUGAUCCUUGCAAGAAUCGAGAAUGGAGUCUCGAUUCUCGAUUGUUGCAUCUCGAUUCUCGAUUCCUGUAAGACCCAUCAAACCGGAACGGCCUUUGUUUACAAAUGAUUAUAAAGGGUUUUUGUUUUGAGUAAUUUGCUCUCUACUCUCGAUACUCAAUCGCUGCGAGAAUCUACAACCUUUGUUCAAGUUUUGAGCAAUCUUCUAAGCUCUCUAAUAUCAAAAAUAUGUCUCUACUCUAUAAAAUAACAAACUCUACUCAGCAUUUGAUUCUUGUGAGAAAUUCCUGAACUAUGCAAAUUAUACAGUAGCAGUUUACAUUUGCAUUCCCUCCCAUGGCUAGGGUGGCAAUUUGCGUCAAAAUCUUAAAAGUGUUCGAACAGCUGAAAACAAGUUCACGGUUGCAUCAAUUUUAUACGUAUUUUUCGUUCCUUUUCCAUGGGACAGAGGAAACACAAAAGUUACAUAAGUCAGAAAAUAGUGCACAUUGCUUAAUUAUACACAUCUCUUAAAUGAGCAACCGUUUGCGUUCUUUUAUGUGGCCCUUCGUUCAAGAACUUUUACCGUUGUGUUUUCGUUGUUUUCGUAGUAUUCCACGGUUUGGUUAUUUGUGCUUUUUGUCUUGCGCUUAUAUACAAACAUCUUCUUUUUUCUCACAACCUCACCGCAUAUUGUUGGGCAGGCUAACAGAACAUUUUGAAAAGCACGAAGGCUUGAUAAAUUUGGAAGUAACUGACUCUAAGAGACGAUGUACAACUUACGACUUAUAAUCGGUUUCUUGAACCGCAAGGGACCUUGCAACUGGUGAUGUUUGUUUGAUGUUUGAAUAGGUAUGGAGACUUUUGUCGCCCCAUACAACAAUACUGGGGCCAACUGUGUGAACAGUACGAUGAGCAAGAACUGGGGCAUAUGGUGAUGGUGUCGCAUAGCUUUGCGGCGGCAAAAAGUUUGGCCGAACAUUUCCUAUUGGCGUUGAUUUUGUUAAAAAUGACAAUUCUUCGGAUGAGGCAGGACAACAAUGCGCAGGGCACAUGUUAAUUGCAGAUUGCGAUGGACAGAUAGCAGGUAACUGUGUUAAAAAAUUAACACUCUUGACAACAAUGUUGUUGGCAUGGCGAAAUGCAGCUCACAGAGCAACUGCUUGGACAUGAGCUUUGCAUCUGCAGAGACACCUUACAACAAAAAGAUGGGCACGAUAGUAGGCACUUAGAACUGCAAAUAGCUGGACACGAUUCUUGUAUUGAUUGCGAAUGUUCCAUAAUAGAAACGUGUUGAGACAAACAGCCGUAUGCACGACAAGACAAUUGGCAUAUUUGCUGGCAAUGAUGUGGACAGGUUGAGGGCAGAACAAAUUUGAAUUUGCAGCAAAAUUUCGGGCACGUAGGAAGACAAUGUGACUGACAAACUGGAUUACACGUUGGUUGCACCAGGACAGCGGAUGGUGUUAGCUGUUGUGAAUAGCAGUGACUGGGACACAGACAAUCACACGUAGUCAUGCUAUGGCUUGGACAAAGAAAUACGGAAAAUGAAGAACACUGCACAUUUGCACUGUACAACAGUGCAAAGGGCAUAGUUCAUGACAGUUUGCGUGGCAUUCAGAAGGAUAUAUUGGCAGAGUUGACACAGUACGAAGACUACAGCAAUGAUCAGGACACCCUGUUCCACAACUAAAGCUACAGUGACCUGGGCAACCAACUGCUUCAUGGAACUCAGGAACUUUACAGCAGUGAUCCAGGCUAACUUAUUGGUAAAUAACUUAUUGAUUUUAUGUUUAUAGAGGGCCACAAGUUUAUCAGUUUGGAUCAUAACUGUCACAUGUUUAACCCUCUUUAAAUAAAGGCACAGUCUUCUCCCCAAAUUUUAGCUCAGCAGGUAAGGGACCAUUCACAGCCGGUAAGGCAAAAAAUAAUGUGCCAGAGGCACAAUCUCAUGGUGGAGUGAGGGACAUGGCCCUGCCCUUGUUGGGAAAUUUACGAGCUAAGUUCUCUGAAACGUCGUUCCCUCAUUUUAAGACCUAUUUUAAGCAAAUUGGCCAUUGUCAUAUUAAGACAACAAUUUAAUUAAACAUUUAAUUCCAAUAACUUUACUUUCCAGUAACUUUGUCUUCAAUGUUCUCUUUCCAAAAUGCAUGGCCCAGAAAAAGAAAAGCUGUGUACACUUUAGUACUUUUCCACAUAUUCAUUCAUUUGCUUGUGAGAAUCAGAUCACAUCACAACUUGCAUAUUUUUUAAAAUUACUUAUUUAAUUUAAGUAAACCUUCAAGUGGUUGCAGGCGGUAAGAAUUGUUGCUUCAGGCGGUAAAUUUUACCGGUUACCUCCUGAUAAGGAGGGAAGUGAUGCCUUAGGCAUCACUUCACUUCACUUAGUCAUCCUACUCAUCCUAGUCAUCGUAGUUAUUGUAGUCAUCCCAAUCAUCCAGUCAUCCCAGUCAACCCCAUUACAUGUAUAUCAGUCACACAUUAUUGAAAAACACCCAUUGAAAAAAUAACCUAGUCACCUCAGUCAUUUUAGCCUUCAUACAUGUAAAAUCCCACUGGUCCUAGUCAUUCCUGUCAUUCCAGUCACUCUAGUCACCUCAGCCUCUCAUCCCAGUCAUCGUAGUCAUCUUGGUCAUCCUAGUAAUACCAGCCAUCCCAGUCACCCUAGUCAUCCUGCACUGUAGUAAUACCGGCCAUCCCAGUCAUCUUAGUCAUCCUAGUAAUACCAGCCAUCCUAGUCAUCCUAGUAAUACCAGCCAUCUCAGUCACCCUAGUCAUCCUCAAUCAUCCUAG